AUGCUAGCCGCCCCGCUGGCCAGACCAUUUUUGGCGGCGCCGCCAGCACCGUUGCCAAUCGCAGCCCCGCUAUUCGCGCCCGCCUUCGCCCCAGCACCGAUGUACGGAUCCCGAUUUUUCACCCCGUUCGCCCGGCCCUCGUAUUUCAUCCGCGGAAAGAGGAAUAGCUGCCUCGCCUCGUGCAUCGCAUUGGCCACCAGCCAACUUGCGGCCUGGCCGGCCACCUCGUAUUCGCCGUACUACCAGGCUCUCUACGGACCCGCGCUUGCCGCCGCCGAACCAGUGGUAUGG